AUGUUACCUUUUGGAGGAGUGGCUCUAAUUUUUGCUUGGUGGGUGUUAGGCUCAUCGGCGAUCCUUAUUGCUCGCUAUUUCAAACCAUUGUUCCCAAGAAAGAAGCUUCUUGGCACGGCAGUCUGGUUCCAGUUCCAUCGAGAUCUCUUCCUGAUUUCUCUUGUUCUUCAAAUUCUUGCCGUCAUCUUCAUUUUUUGGCAGGCUAACUGGGUUUGGUAUCAGUGCUCUUAUCAAUGCACACCUAAGGACUUUUCGAAGAAAAUGCACGCGAUUGUCGGUGUAAUUGCCACAGUCCUGGCAGCGACACAACCUCUCUCAGCAUUUCUGCGACCAUCACCGAAUUCCCGGUAUCGCUUCAUUUUCAACUGGACCCAUUGGCUGGUUGGAAUGACGGCAUGGGGUUUUGCUAGUACGGCCAUGAUUCUGUCGCUACCGAUGGGUAAAACAGGAUUGAAUUCGUACUAUGGAUACGCUCCCAACUGGGUUAUGGGAGGAUACAUCCUGUUCUUCAUUGGAAUCAAUGUUGUUAUGGAAAUGCUUGCCACUAACAACGAACCACGAAUGGAGAAAAAUGUUUCGGAACUUAAGCCGCAUCGUUUUAUUGUAGGACCGAAUGGUAUGGCUCUUUCCCAUUUGAAUGGGCCUGCCGUUGAAUCUCCACUGGCGCCGCCAACGCAUGGAAAAGCCCGCCUGUUCUUCUUCUUCUUGCAUCUGAUUGUCGCUCUGGGAGUCGCCAUCACAAUUACGGUAAUGCUGGUGAAGAUACUGCUAUCACACUCCACAUAA